AUGAAUCUAUCUCUCUUGGGUAAACAGGUUUGGAGGCUCCUCACUCGUACUGAUUCCCUUGUUGCCAAGGUAUAUAAAUCACGUUAUUACCCAACUUGCUCUUUGUUUGAAGCAACUAUUGGCAGUAACCCAUAUUUUUUGUGGCGGGGUAUGAUGGAAGCUUUGAGCGCAAUAAAGGAUGACUGUUAUAGGAGUAUUGGUAACGGAGAAGGCACGCUCACUGGUGAUCCGUGGCUCCCUCUCUCGGAUAACCCUUAUGUCACCACGGAGCUGCAUGAGUUUAUUACAACAGCGCUAGUCUCCUCAUUAUUCGCCAUGCAUGAAGCAAAAUGGGACGUUGACUGUGUGAGGGAUGUGUUCAAUGCUCGGGAUGCAGACGCAAUUCAUAAUAUCCCGGUAAGUCAACGUCAACCUCUGGACAAAUGGGUGUGGGUUGGGGACCCCAAGGGUGCUUACACUGUUAAAUCAUUCUAUAGGAAGUUGGUAGGAGAGUUCCCGGAGGAUAAUCCUUGGCAUCUAAUUUGGAAUCUGUAG